AUGCGCUAUUUACUUAAAUUAGGUAAUACUCUCUCAAGAACAAUGAGUACUUCAGGGGUUAUCGCAAACUCUAUAAAAAACAAGUUGCAAGCUGCUUUACAAACUAAGCAUCUAGAAAUCAUAAAUGAAUCGUAUAUGCACAAUGUUCCCAAAGGUGCAGAGACGCAUUUCAAAGUCGUUGUGGUAUCCGAUCAGUUUGACGGCUUAGCAUUAAUAAAGAGGCAUCGUCUAGUGAAUGAUAUAUUGAAAGAGGAAUUACAAAAUGGUGUGCAUGCGCUGUCUAUAGUUGCUAAGACACCGCAACAGUGGGAGGCCAGUGAUAAAGUUGUAGAAAGUAGUCCCAAUUGUAAGGGUGGGUUUGGUAAA